UUAAAAUAUAAUUUUCUAUCUGUUUGUGUGUGUACUCAUUCCCAGAAAAACAUAAACACACACCAUAAACCACAAUAAUCAAAACAAUUGAUCUUUGAAAGUGUUUUAUUAAUCUAAACUUUUAUCUCAGUUUUUUAUUUGGAUAAUCAUCAUUUGAUUAACACGUUUCACCGUAACCUAAUCCUAAUAAAAUAUGGAUUUUAGUACGAAAAGUUUAAAAAAUCUUGUUUCAGAUGUAACAACUGUUUUUACACGUGCUAAACAGUAUGCAGAAGAAACAAUUGGUACUGCUGAACGUACCGAAUUAGAUAAUGAAUAUGAAAAAUUAGCUGAACGUGCUGAUUGUUAUCGACAAUGGACCGAAAGAAUUGUUUCCAAAUUAGAAGCCGUUAUACAACCAAAUCCAAACAUGAGAUAUGGUGAAAUGUUAAUUGAACGUACAAUGGGUUCAAAUAAUGAUUUGAUUAAAUCACGUGAUAAUCGUUUACGUAAUUUAGAAUAUUUGGGUAAUGAUAUGAUUGAUGCUGGUAUUGCAUUUGGUCCGACAACAUUAUAUGGUUCAGCAUUGGUUAAAAUUGGUAAACAUCAAACUGAAUUAGGACAAGCGGAAAAAGAUUUUGUACAAAAUUCAUAUCGUACAAUAAUCAUUCCAUUACGAAAAUUUUUGGAUGAAGAUAUGAAAACAAUUGCAAAAGAACGUAAAGUUCUUGAAACAAAACGUUUGGAUUUAGAUGCAGCUAAAAGUCGUCUUCGUAAAGCUAAAAGUCAAGAUAGUCAAAAUAAUCCUAAACUUAAACCAGAAAUGAUUGAAAAUGAAAUCAAAGAGGCUGAACGUGAUCUCAAACAUUGUCAAGAAGAAUUUGAUAGACAAAUUGAAAUAACUAAAUUGUUGCUUGAGGGUAUUACAAGUGCUCAGGCAAAUCAUGUUCGUUGUUUGAAUGAUUUUGCUCAAUGUCAAAUUGAAUAUUAUCAUCAAUGUUUUCGUCAUAUGGCAAAUCUUCAACGAGAAAUAAAUCAACCAUUAUCAUUAUCCAUAUUGAAUGACCAAUCAUUGUCUAAUGGUGGUACAUUGAUGAAUGAUUUGAAGAUGACAUCAAAUAAUCAUAGAAUGAGAACAUCAUCAUUAUCAAAUAAUUCUACUUCAACUGCUAUGGAAGCAAUCGAUUUGAUUCAUCAUUCAAACAAUAAUAAUAAAAACAAUAUUGCUACCAAUCCAAUUGAUUUAAGUUCAUCAACUACCAACAACAUCAUCAAUAAUAAUAAUAAACGACGUGCAAAAUGUUUGAAUAAUUAUCAAGCACAAUCAAAUGAUGAACUUUCAUUAUUAGCUGAUGAAAUUAUUUACGUAACAUUGAUUGAUCAUCAUAAAAAUAAUAAUGAAUCAAUGAAUGAUGUCAGUGAUUGGAUGUAUGGUGAAAGAUUAAGCGAUGGACAAAAAGGAAAAGUUCCUGUUGCUUAUUUAGAAAUUUUGAACUAAAAAAAA